AAUAUGGCUACUGAUAACGCUAGUUUUAAUGAGGCUGCUAAAGCUUUUGGAGAGCUUGCUUCUAGUGGGAAACUUAGUAAUGAAGAGAAAUUAGAAGGUUAUGGUUUAUUCAAACAAGCUACCGUAGGUGAUAAUACUACAGCCAAAGCUAAAUGGAAGGCUUGGGAGAGUAGAAAAGGUCUUUCUAAAGAAGAAGCUCAAAAAAACUAUAUUGAAUUAAAUGAGAAACUUCAAAAGAAAUAA